UAACUUUAAAGUCGUGCACGUCUUACGUAAACAAGCUCUAGAAUUCUUCAAAUCUGCCUUUAAAGGCUGCAAAUUUAAGAUAUUUUAUUUCAUUUUAUUAUUGUAGUGGGCGAUAAAAUUUGUUAAUUUUGAUCGCGCUGGUCAAAGUCAUCAUCAGCGAAGGCUGCUAUAACAUUUCAUAGUCAUACUAUUUAAUCAACAGCGGUAAUAUGGAGACCAAUACCAUCAUGCUUCGUCUAGGAUUUGUUUGUUUAUUCUUUUGCCAAAAUGUUUUAUCCGAAUAUAUAAGUGGAAAUGAUAAAUCCCUUCAGUCGGACAUGACGAUGAAGUCCUCCAACGGUGGAUCGUACGGUGGUGGUCUACCGGUUGGAGGAUCGGAUGCCCGAUAUGGCGCUGGUGUUCAACAAGUUUACAACAGUUUUGGCGGUCGGCAGCCAUGGGCUAUUCCCGGCGGUGGCAACGUCAACGUGUACGACUACCUGGGAAUUACGUCCAUUUUGCCUUAUUAUGGUGCAAUGUGGGGAGAAAUGAACGCAUUUGCCCGAAAUCCCGAUGGCAUGGGCUUCAUUGCUCAACCCGUUAUACCGGAUCAUGAAUUCUACACUGGCCGUCUAACGCCUGUUUUUGGUGGAUUUGGGGGAUAUCUUCGCCGUCGUCGCUAAUCUACGCGAUGCAACGGAUGCAGCCUGCUUUAAUUUUCCAAAGUUUUAUACGGAUUUGCGUAGCUUGGUUGACCUUGUAAUUUAAAAUGCAAACACAUGUAAAUAAUUUUGUAAAUAAUUGUUGAUAUUACUGUAUUAUAAAAAACAAACAAACAUGAUUAAGAUAUAAAAUUUCG